AUGAUACGGAUACCGGAGACGCCUUUGGGGCCUUGGAUUCCGGAGUUCCUCUUCCCCCAGGGCCAAGACGAACCGACAUGCAGAGUCGAACCCAAAAAAACCGUUCUUUCGCCUCCCCUGCCCGUAUUCCAAUCGGUGUUCUCAGGGGGGAGCUGCAAGUGCUGUUCCGUGUUCUGUGCAGCAGCGAGGAUACCCACAUCGACUGGAACGCCGGGUAUGCAGGACAGCACGAACGAGGCCCUAAUAGAGACAAGGACGAAGAACAUUGAGCGCGCUGCCCUGCUGGUGCUGCUGGAAAUAGGAUCUCUCGGGGUCCGCCGAGAGGCAAGAAAACCAACUACGACGCUACCGUGGGAUACCUGCCAGAGCGCAACAAAGUUGUCACUUGUCAGAGCUCGCUCGUGUGCCCGACGUUUGCCCCGCUGCAACUUGCCGAGCGCUACAGAGUCCCCUUCGCUGUCACUGUGUGUCGAGUUGAAGCGCAUAGCACCAGGGCCAGGGCCAAGCAAGGUUCUAAUCGAAAGGCUUCUGAUCUCCGUCGUGGCCCCUCUCCGCCGUCCUCUUGUUCGUCGCUAUCUAUCUGGAUGUCUGCCUUGGCGUCGUCCCCAUUGCUUGACGUUUGGUGCUUACAGGAGUAGCUCGCCGACCACAGGAUGCCUUUCCUGGGGCCGCUGGGCAUUCUGUGCUCGCCCUGCCUGUGAGGUAGAAUUGAAUUGUUACUGCUCACGCGGGGCUGCGUUCCUGUUUGAGGCUUGGCGAGGGGCAGCCCUCCAAAGUGGCUCUCUGGAAGAGUCCGAAGGGAAGAGCUCAGAGCGUACAGGGCAUACAGGAUGGAGGGGAGCUGCACGGCGCUUCCUGGAUUGCUGCUCGCCCCUCGAUUCAUCCAGACGGGUGGCGCAGGCGGCAACAGGGACGCCCCAGUAG